AUGAAGCUGUCAAAAAUUGUAGCUGAGGAAGAAAAGGUGAAGCUACUUUUUUUUUUUUUCCUUAUCAGAAAUUUUUGUUUAUCGGGUGGAUUUUGCGCUCGCCGCCUUGUGGCAGAAUUUUAUCACCGAAAAGCUGACGUCGAAGACAACCUUGGAACAAGAAGAAGCAAAGCAAGCAACAGACAAGCAGAGGACGAGACUGAGAGACUGAAAAGAAGCCAGUCAGAGACAGGAAUAAAGCAAGGGGAUAGGAGAAGAAAAGAAAAGAAGCGACUGCCACAAUGCAUUCCCAUCUGCACACAAAAGACAACAUCAGUAGACUGCGAGGAGGUCAUGACAAUGCUGGACGAAUGCCACGCAAAGGGCUUCAUGCACAAAGUCUUCGGAAACUGCAACGAUAUCAAGCGAGAAGUCAACCGCUGCCUGUACGCCGAGAGACUGAAGCGGGCAUCCCGGAACCGAGAGAAGGCUAGGGAGAACAGGGCGAGAAUCGAGAAGCUGUGGGACGAGGAUGCGGCACAAGGACAGAUGAAAUCGAGCAGUUAA